UUUUCUGAUUUAUUUUUUAAUUUCUUUUCUCUUAAAACCUCCGUUGGGAAGGUCUAAGGCCGGUCUGAAAAUUUGCAGGCCCAAAAAAUGAUCCGGUCGGUUUAAGUCUAGGGCAUUGGAGAGGACAUGAGGAUUUUGAAUGAUAUCGGAUUCGUUAGAGUAAUCUUGGGAAAAUUUCCUAAAACAUACGUACGAUUUAAUAAACGGGGUUGUAUAAUAUUCCCAAAUUUACAUCCCUAAUCCUAAACCCUUAUAAGUUUAUUUGUCACACCAACAAAUUAGCCUCUUCUAUUCCGCUACAAUAAUAAUAUGGCCCUAAUUUUCAGACCCUCCUCUCCUCCGCCAUGGAAGAUCAAAGUGCAGCUAAUGAAGAUGUGGAAGAAGAUAUUGAUGAAAAAUUCAAGAACCAUGAUCGAUAUGAUUUUACUCCAAUCAUCGAGCGGAAAAGUGACUGCGUUCUCCCACCUUGUCCGGCGUCGACCUCGACGUCGGAGCGCUGUCCCCUUGAUUCUCCCAGGCCCUCCUCUCCUCAUGAGGAAGAAAGGUAACUCCCGCAAAGCAAAGGCUCCGCCACCGUUGUCCCAAAACCCCCCGCGACCAGAUCGAGAUCUAGAUCUCCCUACUGGAAAAGCCUCCUCGUCUCUGCCAGACCCUCCUCCGCCUUCCCCCCUCCACCCUCCUCAGUCACCCCCCUCACCUCCAUCCCCUCCCCAGACCUCUCUAAAGCAGAAUGUCCCCGACAUCUCUGCUUUAUCUGACCGAAUUUCCAAACCCUCAGAUCUGCAGCACUCUAGCUCCAAUCCAAGUGAACAGUACGCUCCUGUGAAUGUUGUUUCGGCAGCAGACCCAGAUCCCAAAGAAGCCCCUUGGUUAGGUUUUUUCAAAGGUUCCACCCGCCGCCUAUCCAAGAAGGGCACAUCUUUUACUCUCCCUUCAGGCGAGUCUUGCGUUAAGAUCCCAAAUUCUAUCAUCCAGAGAAACCAGAAGUCAUGGGAUUGUUUCAUUCUCGGACAGUUUUACUCUGAUCCGCCGGCUCAGGGAACAGUCCAUGCCAUUGCCAACGGUAUCCGGAGCAAGAUGCACCGUGACAUCAUUGUUACUAAGAUGGAGGGCAACGCCUUCCUCUUCAAGAUCCCAAAUGCUACAACUCGAAACCGAGUACUAAAUCAGGGUCUCUGGCAGAUUGAAGGCCAAACGAUGUUCGUAGCAAAAUGGCAACCUAGAGUUACCCCCCAAAAGCCUGAGCUCUCGUCUGCACCUGUCUGGCUGGAGUUGCGCGACGUCCCCUUCCAGUUCUUCCAUGAAGAAGGUUUCGAGUUUAUCGCAGGUCAGGUGGGUGAACCAAUUCGUCUCCACCAGUCGACUAAGAACAUGACCAAUCUUGAGGUCGCGAAAGUCCUCACCCUGAUUGACCCUAGGAAACCUCUUCCAGAGGCUGUAAACGUUCAAUUUGAUUCUGGGGAGAUUAGCCGUGUUCUGGUUUCCAGUCCCUGGAUGCCGCCGGUCUGCUCGUUCUGCAAAGAGGUGGGUCACAACCUGAAGUGCUGUAAAGUAGCUCCUAUCCUCUGUACCUCUUGCAAAUCUGUUUGCCAUAGCACAGCUGAAUGCCCUCGUGCAAAGGCCAAGAAGCAAGAAAAAGUCUACAGGGUCAAGAAGCCUCAAGCCUCCUCCCCCUCCCGACCGGAGUCAUCCACUCUUCCGGUUACAGAGCCUAAGAAGAAAGGAAAAGAAAUUCAGGAGCCCUCUGCAAUCACACCAAGUCAGCCUUCUACUUCAGGCCAGCCUUCUACCACUCUUCAUCAAACCACUCCACCGCCCAGUUCAGAGAUUGUCCCCGGGACUGUUUCUGAAUGGAUCCAAGUCAAAAAGAAGCAUAACAGUCCCUUUGUCCCGGUUCCUUCCUCUUCCCUGAGGCAAGAGAACUCCCUCUGCAUUGACAUUGGGCUUGACUCUUUGCAAGCUGACCCUGAUAACCCUUCGACCCCGCCAGAUAAAAGUCUGCCUUCUGAUUCCUCAGACGUCCAAUCUUCAGAUGAUGGUGCUGACCCUGAUUUGGACGAAGCUAGCUUUUUACGGAUGUUCUCACAGAGACAACAACGGUUUGCUAGGGGCAAGGGCUCCAAAUCCCAUUAAUCAAUGUAUAUAGACGUUUUUUCUGGAAUGUGAGA